AUGUCGCGCAACGAAGCGGUGUCGCCGCUGCGCAUCAACAAGACGCCCACUUCCUCGCCCACAAAGGGAAGCGGCCGUCCCCUGUCGGAAAUCAGCCCCCAUGAGCACCGCAGGAACUCUCCCAGCUGGAACCAGACAACCAAGAAGAUCAUCCUGACCAAAGAGAGCUCGCCCUUCCGCGACUCGUCGCCAUUCACUCACAGCCCGCGUCUCUUCUGGAAGGAGCAGACCACGUCGCCCAAGAGCCGCUUCGACACGUCGGAGAACGAGUACGAGGGCAGCUCGCCCCUCUCGCCCAAGCGCAACUCGAUCGAGAACCUGAAGAAGCAGUCGCGCGUCAAGAACAGCAGCAUGUUCGCACGCGAGCAGAAGCACGAGUACGACCCCAACUCGGUCCAGCCGCUCGACCGCCCGCUCGCCGCAGGACGCCCACUCAGCACCGCUGUCCAGGGCAACGCCUAUGGCGGCAGCGGCCUCCACGGCAUGCGUAACGAAGUCGAGAGCGCGGCCCAGGGCCACCACCACAGCCGCUCCGAGAGCCAGACACGGAUUCCCAUCCUCAGCCCCUCCAAGACGUCGCCCGCGAAGCUGCCCACACAGUCUUCCUUCGCUUCACCCUCCAAGCCCUCGCCGUCCGAGGGGCGCAUGUCGCCCACCAAAUCUUCGCUCGUCAGCAACGGUCGCUUCAACUCCCCACAGUACAACGGCGACUCGAGCGCUGUCAUGUCUGAUGACGAGGAGCUCGUCCACCAGACCCCCCGCCCGCUGCGCCGCCAUGCUAAGAGUGUGACCUUCGACACAGCUCCACCUCAAAUCACCGAGUUUGAGAUGGUCACGCCCGACCCUUCAGUCGCCACCAUGUCGCGCGACGGCAGCUACGACUCCGAAGACGAGACAGAGGAGGAGAUGAGCUUCGACCAGGACGACAGCUUCGAUGCCUCCCUAGAAGACACAGACAAGACGCCGGUCGUGCUGCCCGAGGACUGGCGCCACAUGAGCCCGCAGGCUGCCGACACUUCGCUCACCGAUCUCUACGACGAUGUCUUUGAAGGUCGCGACAACAGUCCCAUGCCCAGUGCCCGUCCCAACGGUACGACCAAUGGCUCCCGCAUGGGGUCAACAGCCUCCGACAGCGACUCAAGACCGCUUCCUCCUCUUCCCGCCAUACCAGGCAGCCCCAACCGGCGGCGCGACUCGAGCAUCGGCCUGUCCGCUGCCGCAGAGCGAGUUGGCGACAGGCGGCGUUCUCUUCCUCAGCUUCCGCAAGCAGCUGGCAUCUCCAAGAGCGAUUUGCUCAACAUGCGCGAGGUGUCCAUGUCGCUCGAGGACCGGUUGCGUCUGAUGAACUUUGAUGACGACCGCGAUACGAGCACUCCAACACAGGAGAUGCAGAACAAGAAGAAGGCAGUCGAAGUUGACGUUGCAGAAGUCGACGUUACAGAGUCCGAGCUAACGCUUGACGAGCCCAAGAUCCCGCGCAUUUCUCGCGAGUCCAUCCUCCGGCGCGUCAAGAGCCGCAACUUCGAGGACGGUGAGGACGACGAUGAGGAAGAGGAAGAGUACAGCCAGUUUGAGCCAGAGUAUAGCCCCGAGCGCAGCUAUGGCGAUCUCGCUGACCUCGACCCUGAUGUUCCUAUUCCGUCGCGUGAAGCUUCUUCCAACUUCGACGAGCAUCCGCGUCAGGUCUCAGGUGUCUCCGCCAGCGAGGCCGACAGCGUUGUCGACGCUUACAGCUAUGCCAACCCAGAUGAAGGCGAUCAUGCCGAUGACACCGAUGUAGAUGGCAGUUCCAUCUCUCAACUCGAGGACUACGAGCGCGAGUCGUCUGUCAUCCGUCACCCUAUGCCCCAGGAGUCAGACGACGAAGACGAUACCAGCCAGUACUCGCCUCAGCCUGAAGAGCAGCCUACUUCCCAGAGUACUAUCGACUCAUCAGGUCCACCAACACCCGUCGUUGCCCCCUCUUCUCCUGUCUCAGGUGAGAAGCAGGCGCCUCAGGACGAGAUGUACUCUACUUUCGAAGGUAAAGAUAUGGAUCUUAGCUUGGACCCUCUAAAGGCCUCUUUCGCGACUGUUGCCAGUCCAUUGGAUACCGCGCCCAAGCUGGAUGCCAUGCGCGACUUCCUCCGCCGCCCUGUUACUCCUGAAGCUCAAGAGACAGAGGAGGACGGUUCCGAGUCUGAGGAGCCUGGUACCCCAGACUCUGUCAUUCGGCAUCCAGUGGCUCUUUCCCCUCCGCCUCAGGAAAAUGCCCCAGAGGUUCCUCAACGGGAAGCUACAAUCCGGGGUGCCGGAGGAAAGCUCAAGACUCGCCCGUCGCUCAUCCCUGAUGAGGUUGACAUGGCAGCUACGCGUCGCCAGGUUAGUGGCCAGCAUGCACCGCCAGUCCCUGAGCGCAGCCCGAAGCGCCAGUCAAUGAGCCUAGAGUUGGGCCAUGCCGACGAAGAAGGUCACUUCGAUGACGACGAUACGCAAGUGAGCAUUACCACCAAGGAGAACCGCAUGCUAGCUCUGAAGCUCGGUGAUCUCGACCUGGGUGACGAGUCGAACGAUCUCAGCUUCGGGCUAGACAAGGAGUUUGAUAACAUCAUUGAGUCACAAAAGGUAGAGAACCUUUUCCCCAUUCCCCCCUUCGCCAGAUUCCCUACAUCUUCCGCUGCCGUCUCCGACGCGGCCUGCCAGAUGUCAGGUGAAGGUUUUGUUUAUAGGCACAGUCCCGCUAACGAUGCUAUUCCCGAGCAGAAAGGAUACUUGAUGCGCGAAAACACCAAAGUCGUUGUCGCCAGUAGUCGACAGUUUAGCGACGAGAAACCGCCUACCCCCACCGAACCCACCAGCGAUGCAGCUGCCAAGCCUGUCUCUCGUAAGACGAGCGCCGAACGUAAGCCCGCCUGGACAAAGGAGCCUUGGAAUGGCAAGCCUCGCAGGAAGAGCAUCCGGACAGCAUCCGGUCGCCGUACUCGAACCUCUGAGGGUCCUGCACCACCUCUUCCUGGCCAAGAAUCUGCUGUUGCUGGUGGUCUAGACUCAGUCGCUGAACAGGGAGACGACGGUGAGCCUGAAGAGGGCGAGGAACGCGGUCUCGUGUUCGUCAAGGUCGUCGGUGUCAAGGACCUUGAUCUUCCGCUACCAAAGCACGAGCGAACCCACUUCCAGUUGACACUUGACAACGGUCUGCACUGCGUUACAACGUCUUGGUUGGAGCUUGGCCAAUCCGCUCCCAUCGGACAAGAGUUUGAGCUUGUCGUCAUGGAUGAUCUCGAAUUCCAGCUCACAUUACAGACCAAGCUGGAGCCUCCAGCCGUCCCUCAGAUUGUUGCCGCGCCAGCCAAGGCUGUCAACCACAAGAAGUCGCACUCUGCCUUCCGGAACCUUCUCUCAUCGCCGAAGAAGAGAAAGGAGCAGGAACGCAAAGCGCAAGAGGAAGCCGACCGCAUUGCUCAACAGGAACAGCAGGAGGCUCAAGCUGCUGCCAAGCGCAAUCAAAAGGCCACCGCUUGGGACCUGCUCCAUGACCUCGUCGGACCUGAUGGGUCUUUCGCCCGUGCCUAUGUUUGCCUCAACAACCACGAGAACCAAGCAUAUGGCCGUCCGCUGACUGUUGACAUUCCUUGCUUCAAUGAGUGGGCCGUCGAUAAUACUGGCGCCAGCAGUGUCAAGAGCAAGCGCGGAGGUGUCGUUCGCCGCCCACCUUACCGGGUGGGCAAGCUCACUCUUCAGUUGCUAUACGUCCCGAAGCCCAAGAACGCAAAGGACUCUGACAUGCCCAAGAGCAUGAAUGCCUGCAUUCGCGAGCUCAAGGAGGCUGAGCAAGUCAAGGACAUCAGCUUCGAAGGUACACUGAGCCAACAGGGUGGUGACUGUCCAUACUGGCGACGUCGUUUCUUCCGCUUGGAAGGCACGAAGCUUACGGCUUACCACGAGUCCACACGGCAGCCGCGUGCUACCAUCAAUCUAGCCAAAGCUUCGAAGCUCAUGGAUGACAAGAGCGCUCUCCAGCAACCAUCCGCAACCAAGACCGGUGGUCGGCGCAAGUCCGGGUUCGCCGAGGAUGAGGAGGGCUAUAUGUUCGUUGAAGAGGGCUUCCGCAUACGGUUCGCUAACGGUGAGGUCAUUGACUUUUACGCCGACAGUCGGGAACAGAAAGAGGCCUGGAUGAAGGUGCUCUCGGAGACCGUUGGCAAGGACAUUGCUCAAAACAAGGGCUGGGCGGCCAUGGUCCUCGAGAAGGAGCGUAAGGAGAAGGCUACGCGAUCGCAGAUUGGUGCGCCAAUCUCGCCAACCAAGUCGCAUCCCAUGGUCACGAGCUCACCGAGCGUUAACCGCCGGCCUUCUCAUCAGCGCACUCAGUCGCACGAUAUACUGGGCUCUAUCAAGUCCACGCCUUCAAGUCCGGUAAAGGGCCACGCCCGCACUCAAUCGCACGCGCCGACUCCACCUCUUAAGGAUGUUCGCAUGUCGCAUGCGCCGCCGCCACGGCCGCGAACGCAAGAGUCCAGCAAGCCGGGUCGCAGAGAGCAGGUUCGAUCGAUGAUUUUCUAG